AUGUCGACCGGUGGAAAAAGGGCUGUUAAAAAAACAAUAACAUGGAGUAAAGAACGUGUGCAACAGUUCCUGGAGUUGUUUCAACAACAACCAUGUUUGUACGAGACGCGGCACGCGUUUUACGCGAACAAACAUGCCAGAGCAGAGGCUCUAGAUAGUAUACGUCUCCAGUUAAAUAUUCCUGAUUUAACAAUAGACGAUGUGAAAACAAAAAUAAAUAAUAUUCGGUCCCAAAUGUCACAAGAACUGAAAAAAAAACGCGAAGAGCGCAGUGGUAUGGGUGCUGAUGAUAAAAAUGAACAUGUAUGGUGGUUUGAAGAGGCCCAAUUUUUAUUGCCCCAUAUGAAAACUAGGCAAGGGAGGGACUCGUUGGAAUCCAUACCUGUGGCUCACACUGAAAGUACAGAAGUAACAGAUGAUGAUGAAAACAACUCUGUGAGAAGCAAUGUUCCUAAUGAGAGGGUACCUGUCACCUCAGUCCAAGAUGGGAAAGGUACAAAACGGCAACGACAGGAUUCAGAACAAAAUGAACACCUUCUAUCUACUUUAAAGGCAUUGAAAGAAAGCGUUCAUGAAUUGGGAAAAGAAGGUCUGCCUGAACAGGAAUUUGCAAAUUACAUUGCUAAAGAAUUGGCUAGCAUAGACGACUCUGAAAUUAAUUUAGAUUGUAAACAUGCUAUCAACAAUAUUAUUUAUGAAUACAAAAAGAAGUUUCUUCAGAAGAAGAUGGAGUUAACAAAUAAAAUUAUAGAAUAA